GUUUGAUUAAUGAAAAUAACUAUGAAGGUAAAAUAGGACAGGCUACACCUCAUUGGUACUCAUUCAGAUGCAUACUGUGUAUAACAGACGUAUUUAAGAAAGUGGAUUAUUAUAAUGCUUUUAUAGUCUAAAAUGGCGAUUUGUCUUCAAAGUAACGGUCAUAGUGGAAUAAACAAGACGGGGAGUACUUUACACGACAAAGACAGCAAACAAUCAAAAAUAUUAAAUGUAAACUUCAUAUUCAAACUGGGAACACACAGAUUCCUCUCAGUCUGGUCGUGAGGUAUUUAAGUUGUAUCCUAUUCUCUUUAUAGUGAAAAAGGAAAUCAGUGCUGUGUUCGGGAAAGGUCUGGAAACGCAGAGGUCAGUCUAUCGUGUUGCUAAGCAACGAGUUCACAAACACGAACCCCGAGCGUGUGGAUAGCUGCAGAGAUGUCGAAAAGUUACUCAGCAAACCAGGUAAGAAAAACACCUGAGCUUUAACAAAACUGUAACAACAUUGCUGUUGCUGUUGUCAUCGUUGUUGCUGUUGUCGUUGUUAUUGCUGCUGAGUUGUCUCCUUUAUUCUGUGUGUUCUUAGUUUGAAGACGCGUUCAGGUCUCAGAGGCUGCAGAACUGGUGUGAGACCAAACAGUUCAAACAGGUAGGCCCACUUAUAGUGCAGCAGCACACCUGUCACACCUGUUUCAUCAGACAGUACAGGUGUGCUGAUGUCUAAAAAAUGAUAGGUAUGAUGGCUAUUAUGGGCCAUACAUUUUCACAUCAUUUUUGUCAUAGUCUUUAUUUCAGUUUUGUUCUAAUGAGUUUUCACUCCUGUUUUUUUUUUAACUUCUGUUAGGAGUCUUUAGUCUGUAUCAGUUUAUAGCGCCCCCAGGGGAUAAAAAUGCACAUCUCAUCUCUUCACUGACUGUGUCCCAAUCAUGCUUUGGCCAUAUCUGUUAAACCACCUCUUCAUUUAUUUCAAUCGUCAGCUGUAUCACUCACUAUGAGUGCUUAAAAACCUGAACUGUUGUGUGUACCUACCCCCUCAGAGCGGUUAAAGAUAUGAAUAAUUACAAUAACAGAUGUUCAAUCAUAGUGCUGAUAAUCCCUUUAGCCUUUUCCAUAGUUGGAGUUGCCUUGUCUUUGUAAAGACACUCACAAAGUGUGUGUGUGUGUGUGUGUGUGUGUGUGUGUGUGUGUGUGUGUGUGUGUGUGUGUGUGUGUGUGUGUGUGUGUGUGUGUGUGUGUGUGCAGAGACCCACUGCACAGGAGGGUCACACCCCUUUCAUAGCUGAUGAUCGAGGGCAUCUGCUGCCAGGUGUGUUCAAGGUGAGAGCUCAUCUAACCUCUGCGUCUCCCUGUCUUCAUUGAAAUAAAAACUGAUUCAGUGUCUUUAAGUAUACUUUGCAUGACUUCAAUUGGCUGUGUGUGUGUGUGUGUGUGUGUGUGUGUGUGUGUGUGUGUGUGUGUGUGUGUGUGUGUGUGUGUGUGUGUGUGUGUGUGUGUGUGUGUGUGUGUGUCUUUACGAUACUUCAGAGAGGCAGUGCCUGGCCUGAUUUUAAGGGGACCUGGGAUCUGCCUGCUCAUAUUCCUCCCCGACACAUCAACCCCACAGGACGCUCUGUGGAAGGAAUUAACAGACUUAAGUCCUGGGGAUUCAGUCCACAGCACACAAGAACACCUGGAAAACCUGGAAAACCUGGAACACUGUUUGACAGCAGGAACGCUGUUGAGCAGGUUAGACUUUCACACAUACACACACACACACACACACACACACACACACACAUCUGAAAGCUUCCUCGUUCCUUCAGUGGUUGUAUUUCCUGUAGCCUGUCUAGUUUUCUGCAGGUGUGAUGGUCUUCUGGGUUGUUGGCUAAUCUUCAAGUAAACACUACCUUUUCAAGUUCUUUUCUUGUUUCCAGGGUAAGCCUGACAGGUGUGACCUUUGAGCUGAAUGUCAGCAGAGCUUUUAUUGAAAGAGUUCGACCAUAACCUUCAGGCCAAAGACAAAAGCAGACCCCCACAGAGUGAAGAAAUAAAUUCAAGUUACUUCAGCAACUAAAACUUAAGUUACCUGUUGGUCAAAAACACAUGCUAGUCUUAGAUUAACUUCGGAUUAAACCAAACAAAUCUCAGUAGCGGUUUGAGCUUUCUGGUGAGGGUUGAGAUGGAUUGUGGAUCAGGACAUAAAGGUCUUCAGAAACAAAUCUCUGAGCAGCCCUCAGGUGGAAUCCAGGUGAGCUGAGAUCCACUUACAUAAUGAGGACUCCAGAAAAACCACCGUGUGUCAUCAGCUCUGCUAUUCCAAUCCUCUGUAAACGUUAGUGAACCCAGCAGACUAGUUUCUGGAGUCUUAAAGUAAAAUGUUGUCCCAUUCUUGUAUGAUAGAGGAUUUCAGCUGCUCAGCAGUUCAGGGUCUCUUUUUGUCCUAUUUUUGGUGUCAUGAUGCUCCAAAUGUUUUCAGUGUGACAACCAGUUUAUAAGCAGGACUCUUCUACUACAGAGCCAUGCUGUUGUAAUCCCUGCAGAAUGUGGUUUGUCAUUGUCUUGCUGAAAGAUGAAGGUCUUCCCUGAAAACGUCAUUGCCUGGAUGCCAGCAGAUGUUGCUCCUAAACCUGCAUAUUGUUCAGCAUUAAUGGAACCUUCACAGAUAUGGAAAUUAUAAGAGGUGUUUAUGGACCAUGUUUAUAUAGUCCAUAAACAUAGUUUAUCUGUCUUGUUGUUAAAAAAUAUACAUAUACCAGUAGUUCAUGUGUUUUUAGCUGCAUUUAAAUAUUUAUAAAUUGAUCAUUUGGUUUUAUACAUUUUCUUGGUUUUCAGUAUUGUAUUGUUCCCACGGGUCACAUGCAUGUAAUUUGUUUUGUUCUUUUGAGGAAGUUUGAUUCAGCCGCACAGAAAGAAACACUUGAGUCUUUAUUCUCAGUGGACCCUCUUGAGUCCCUGUAACCCCUGGUUUCCGGGCUCUUCCAUGCAGUUAGCCUGUGUUGUAUUUAAGAUGAUGGAGCUGCAGCUAAAACAAACAAGCUGAAGAAGGUUUUUGUGUUUCUCGGUAACUGGAGCGACCACAGAGUGGCUGAGUCCCUGUGGAGAGCCGGCGGAAAUUAACUGAGCUCCUGUGUCUACUCAGGAAAUCACAAACAAUAAAAAGCUCCCUCUGAUCCCUCUACAUGGCAGAGUAUGAACAAUGUCUGUGAACCUGAAACUGGCAACACAACUGAACCUACUGCAGGCAGAGUCAGACUGUCUUUCUCCUAAAUCACAACAAGUGAUCAGUGAAGGAUAAUGAAUACUCAAUGUAACAUGGUAAAAAGUCCUAAUGUUAGAAAUUUGUCAAUUUAUCAAAAUUUUAAAAACCUAGAUAUUUAUAUUUAUCAAAAUAUAUCCAUCUUAGUGUCUGUUAUUUGUAAACUGACCCUAACCCCAAGUUAAAUUGUUUUAGGAGUGGUUUGCAGUGGUUGUAUUGCUCGAGUUUGAUCUUAUGGUCUCGACCUCUUUGUGUGUUCCCCUUUUUUUGCAGAGUGAUGAGGUUGCACAGAAAGACGGAGCAGCUUCCUCGACCUCUGCAGCUGAAGUCCAACCAGCUCCUCAGGACCGGCCCAUCUCUGGAGGCGGCAAAACCCAGGAUGGUCAGACAGCAGUGAGAUCUAGCUUGGACAGUGCUGUAGGGAGAGAAGGACCGCUGAGCCCUGCAGCCGAGGAGAGACCAGCCGUGAGGUCGGCAGCCUCACAGAGAAGCGGCAGCAGAGCUCACAGUGACACUGAGAGACCAGGGUGUGAUGAGGCACAGAAAGUAGUCCCUGCAAGAUCAGCACCAUCCUCCAAGCAGAGUCAGAGAGACGCACAGAAAGACCAGUGAACUUAAGAUUUAACUCUGAGUGAAUAAAGUAAUUUAGAUGCAGCUGUUUGGUCUCUUCGUAGCACAGCACAUAGGCAGGAAUAUUUAGAGAUAUUUGCUCACAGUUUUCUUUAUUAAUCCUGUAAAAUAUUGCUCUCAUUUCAUGUGAUCUUUACAAAGAAAACACAGUGUUGAUCUGCAGCAGUUUUUAGUUAAUGUAUUGCAAAGUUUUGUACAUAUUUCAAGAUACUGAGCGGAAGUUCCCUUUGGACUCUACCCCCUCUCACUUAUUUCAUGUUUAUGGUCUCAGCAAAGUUUAGAGUCUCAGCUGUACUAAAAUUUUUGAAGAUAAAA